ACUUCAAGUCCGAAAAUAUACUUUUAACCAUUGUUGAAAAGCCAAAAGUCUGAUUCUCUCGGCGCGCUCUAUUUUCAGUUUUAGUUGCUCUUCGCGCCGUUGUAGUCGCGCGUCAUUUCCGAAUUUGAUUUUCACGUUAAAUAAAAAUAAUAUAUCAAAAUAAAAAAAAAAAAUCCGAGUUCAUGGAAAAACAAGACGAAGUGUCCAUAACGAAGGUUUCUGUCAAGAAAGAAAAUUUAAAUGACGAUAUCAAGGAAUUUGCGCAGAACGCAAUGAAUGAGUUACUUGGUUGGUAUGGAUACGACAAUCCUCGAGAUGAUUUGAAGAUACAAAAAAACUGCAGAACAUCACAUUCCGGAAGUAGUAGUUCGGGAAUAUCCCCAAAACCAUCAGAUGGAUGCGGUUGGUGUGGUAAAUCCAUUGAUGAUAAUACUGCCAUUUCUUCUGGUGCAUCAGUAUUCUGUUCAGAACUCUGCUUUUCACAAUCCAGGAGAGCUAACUUUAAGAAGAACAAGACUUGUGAUUGGUGCCGACACGUUAGACAUACUAUAUCUUACGUAGAUUUUCAGGACGGUGCAUCGCAACUGCAGUUCUGUUCUGACAAAUGCUUGAACCAAUAUAAAAUGUAUAUCUUCUGCAGAGAAACUAGAGCACACCUUGAUCUUCAUCCGCAUUUACGAAUCGAAGAAAAUACGAGUGGAACUCUUAUUACCCCAGAUUUAUGGUUAAAAAAUUGCAAAUCCCCCGAAAUGCGAAGUCCUUCACCAGAAAUAUCUCCAAAACCACCUGAAAAGUCUCCUCAAACGAGCCCAAUUGUUUUAACUCAUACAUCUAAGUUGAUAGAAAAUUCAGAAAGUAAGCGAAAUAGAAUGAAGGCUCAAAAGAGAACAAGAAAAAGAAUUCCCGCCACAAUAACUGGAACUAUUAACACUGAUACCAACGACAGCUUUUUAAAAUCUCCUCCUGACGAUAUGCCUCAGGAUCUGAGGGUUAGACAUACUCCUACAGAUUUUGAAAAUAAAGAUUCCGAACGAGACACAAUUCCUCCAUUUAAACCAAUUAAGUUGCCAAUAGAACCCAGAAUACCAUCACCUCCAAAUCCAGAUACAGAAUCUACUCAAGGACCUCCUCCCAAUAUAUUACGAAAACCUUUCGAAUCACUGCUGCCACCUCCUACUCUUAUUGUUCCUUACCCUAUUAUUUUACCAAUACCUAUUCCUAUUCCUAUACCAAUACCUUUACCAAUUAAAAAGGAAGAAAAGAAGGAAGUCGAGAGAACAGAAGCUUCCAGUCAGACAGAAGCAGAAGCAGAAAAAACAGUUGAGGUUAAUGGACAUGAUACGAAUGGUAAAGAAGAACCAAAGGUGCUUGAAAGGCCACUUAGAAAACGAAACCGGCCAUGUGAUGUGAAAGAAAGGAUGACUUUAAAACCAAAAAAACAAAUUCUAAGUAGUAAUUAAAGUUUUUCUAGGUAUGCAAAAAACCGUUCGAUUUUCAAAAUGUCUGUGUUGGCGUUUAAAACUAUCCGAAAUUACACUGUAUUUUUUUCAGAUUAAGUAUGUAAAUACUUUUUAAAACGUUCUACUUUUCAACCAUUUUCACUGUCCUGUCAAGUGAGAUGUUACGCAGACAGGAUUAAGUUAUUCUUACUCUUAGCAAUAUUGCGAACUAUUUCAUAACUAUGCAUUUUUGUCUAUUGGCGUUUGUUAAUAACUAACUUUGUCCUAACUAUCCUUUAAUAGAUAACUCAAGUAUUUGAAGGGCUUAACUUAUUUGAUAUUUUCUCCAGCUAUGUAUAUGUUUGCAUUUGGAUAAUUAUUUCUACCUACAGUCAUGGUUUUAAUUUCCAUUUGCCAUUUGUUAUUAAAAUACACCUUCUUCGAGUGUGACAGUUUUUCUGCUCCAUAUGCUCCAUAAUUACAUAUUUUCCAGUAGUAUUAUUAUUAGAUAAAACACAAUAAAAUUAUUUAGAUGGUUUAGUUUUAAAGAUUCACUAGGUUGAAUCACAGGAACUAUGUUCACGUGGACACUUAAAAUGUAACUAUUGACUAUUGAGAUAGGAGAUAUUGCUGGGAUAUGCGCAAUGAAAUUUUAGAGAGAAUGCUCCAAAUAAGUAAUUUCGGUGCAAAAGUGUAGAUAGGAGGUGUCACAUCACCGACGAUAUACAGUUUUGAUUAAGGCAUUGAAUUUGCUAAGAAAUAUGCAGAGAUGUAAAGAGGACCAAAUAGGCGAAAUUGGCGUAGAUGUAAUGCUGGAUAUGUGCAACAUGAUAUGGAUCACAGGUGAAUGGCCUGAUGAGUGGUGUGAAUCAACCUUGAUCCCUAUCCAUAAAAAAGGAUCACUAACCAUAUGCAGCAAUUACAGAACCGUUGCCCUUAUCCCUCAUGCAAGCAAAAUCCUGCUACAUAUAAUCAAUGAACGGCUAAAGAACUUUCUACUUCCAGAGAUAGCCGAAGAACAAUGUGGAUUUGUACCAGGAAAGGGAACGCGUGAGCAAAUACUCAACACCAGACAGAUAGUAGAAAAAGCGAGAGAACAUAACAUACCAAUGUUGCUCUGUUUUGUAGAUUACACAAAGGCUUUUGAUUCAGUAAAAUGGGAUCCUCUCUGGAGUAUAAUGGAGUAUAAUAUGAAAAUAUACCUGCGAUACGCAGAUGACACACUUAUACUAGCAGCGAAUGAAGUCGAAAUGAUUACCAUCAUCGAACGGCUAAGCCGAAUAAGUGAAGAAUUCGGACUUCAAAUCAACACCGGAAAAACAAAAAUAAUGAUUGUAGACAAAGCAAAUAAUAAUCUACCGCAUAUACGCCAAAUAGGGAUUUUCGAAGUAGUCGACAGAUUUGUAUACUUGGGCUCUCUGAUAACCAACAAUGGUGAUUGUUCCUCAGAAAUCAAACGUAGACUAGGAAUGGCCCGAACCGCAACUGCUAAAUUAAUUAAAAUAUGGAAAAACCGAACAAUAACAAGGAAUACUAAGCUCAGGUUGGUCAAUGCUCUUAUUUUUCCCAUUGCUGCAUAUGCAGCUGAAACAUGGACUCUCAAAAAAAUCGAUAGGAGUAAGAUCGAAGCCUUCGAAAUGUGGGUAUAUAGAAGAAUUCUACGCGUGUCCUGGACAGAACAUAGAACCAACCUGUCAAUUCUGGAAGAGCUUCAUAUAAAAGACAGGCUACUAAAAAAAGUAAACCAAGCAUACCUAACUUACCUCGGCCACAUAGCUAGAAGAACGGGCACCAUGGAACUAUUAGUAGUAGAAGGAAAGGUAGAAGGCCGAAGACCAAGAGGAAGAUCUCCAAUACGAUGGGUAGACCAAAUGAAGAGUUUGGUGGGAAAAUCCCUACAUGAAGCCGUCCAUAUGGCACAAGAUCGCAGUCAAUGGAGUCAGCAGACUAACAAUAUUUAGGGUGUCACUACGCCCUGACAAGGGCUAAAGGAUUGAGAAGAGGAAAGAGGACCAGAAACCAGACAGAAUGUUGGCAAUUAUCAUGGCAAUCUUUAUCUUAUCUGCAGCAGCGCAGAAAAGCUGCCCAUAUGUUGUAUUAAACCAGAUUCGGAGGUUCUUUAACCAAGAUGUUCUUUUUCUUCCUGGACCUCGCUUUCCAAAUAUUUUUCCUUGCAGGAUGGCUUGAAGGAGAGCAUAUCUUAAUUCAUUUCGCAUAAUAUGUCCGCAGAAUUGUAACUUUCGAGAUUUGAUAAUGGUCAUCAAACCAGACAGUUUAAUCAAAUAAUAUUUUAAGUCUCACAGUGUAACAACUCCACAGCAUAGUUUAUAGAUUUUUGAGAGAUCUUUUUGAGACUCUGUUUUAGAUACUGCGGAGAGAAUGAAAUCGGGGGUUUUUACCACCAGCGUCAGAAUGAAUUAAUUGUUCCGAGUGUGAACCGUGUCUGUGUGAAUUACUUGGGUUCAUCUCAACGUUUGUUGGCAGCUUGUUUAGCUGAAACAUAUGCAUAUUAAAACAGCUUGCAUUUAUUUGCUAAGCAUAUUUUACAUAUCGAAUUAUUAAAUUAAAUUUAACAUGAGCAAAUUUUGAAGAUCCAACGGUUUUACAUUUUCGUACAGUAAAUAUGUGUAAGUUAGUCCUUAUUGUUAUAGGAUUCUCAUGGUUAAACGCCACAAAGAUAUUUAUUUGAUUUUUUAUUGGUUAACCGUCCAAAGCUAAGGGUGCUGCAAGAUUGUUUUUAUUAUUGUAAUUUGAUUUUAUUGUUGUAAUUUAUUAUAUAUUAAUUAUGCGUGCACAAUAAAUAGAAUACAACAUAUUUUAUUUAGAUCAAGUUGAAUUGUUGAAUAAAUUUUUAUGUUAAAGAUAAAUAUAAUAUUAGCUUAUUGUAUUAUUUUUAGGGUAAACAUAUUUUAAAAAGAUAUCUGGAACGAAACAAUAUUAUAUAUUUUAUAUUCUGUAGAUGUUUUAUAAAUGCCUUAAUUUUG